CUUUGGUGUAAUUGCAUUGCUUUUGACGAGCUGGUUCCUGUCACUGCGCUGCAGAGUGGGCAGUGGACUGCGAGGGUCUGAUUUCUAGGGUGUAGUUUUAAGAGAGAAAGCAAUGCCGUUACUGAAUUGCCGCGGUGACGCUUAAUUGACCAUGAUGAAGACCGAAUCUACGUCCACUAAACCAGCCAGCACCACGCUUCGGAGCCCUUCUCCGCACCGGAAUGCGUACGAAGCGGGCAUUCAAGCACUGAAGCCGGCGAAUGAUAUUUUAAACAACGCCGCUAAUGGUGAUGCUCAGGAUGGAAAGCCCAAGCCCUCUACCCGUGGUCGCACGUACGGCUCAAACGUGAACCGCAUCAAGAGCAUGUUCAUGCAAAUGGGUGCCUCUUCCCCCACGGAAAGUGAGGAGUCGGCCAAGGCGAACGGCGACAGUAAACCGGUGCGUCUCACUCUCCCUCGGGCUGGCAGCCUAAACGAAAACGUGGACCACAGUGCGCUUCUGAAGCUGGGUGCUACUGUCUCAGAGCGGGUAAAUCGUUUCGAUACUAAGACGGAGGGCGGAGGGGGACAACAACGAGGCUCCUCCAGCUUCUCCAAGCUUCAGGAGACGCGAAAGAUCUUUGAACAACAGAACCAGGAGAAACAGUCUGCCUCUAAUCGCGUGCUAUUGAAGAAAGAACGCGCUGCAGGUUUUCAGGAUGGACGUCUGGAUGUGGUCGCUCGGUUUAACGGUAGCACUGAAUCGCUGGACAGCUUGGAUGCGGUCGGCGGAACAAGCGAGGCAGUGUCUCCUACCGUUAGUCAGCUCAGCGCUGUUUUCGAGAGGGCCGCGGAGCUGCGUAACAACCUGCACCGUCUUUCCAACACGCCCCCACUGCCCUCCCGAGGAGUCACUGCCAGAGUAGGUGCUCUGAACUCAAAGAUUAUCACCAAAAAGGUGCGCACCUUUACUCCGGAAACCAAUAAAGAGGAUGGGAUAAACAAAAACCAGGACCAAAAGGACCAGGAAAACACACCUAAGAUCCUCAGGGGAAAAGGGCCUUCCCAAACCCAAGGUGACCAGACCUCUUUGGAGGAGACCAAAAGGAAUGACAAUGACAGAAAUGUUGUAGAUGGCAUUUCUGCAAAUAAGACUGUUGAAGAGGGUAGAUCAGAGCAGGCUGGAGAAACAGAGGCCAGGAGCACCCUGAUCACCGCUGAGAUCCAUGCCUCCCUGGGGAAUGGAGCAGUAGCCACCAACAGUGGGAGAGACUCAACCCAGGCUGAUCUUACAGACUCAGGGAAGAGAGAGGAUAAGGAAGCUAGCAGUGGAGGUCGGUCUGUGGGGGUCAGUAAGGAGGACGAUGAGGAAGAUGAUGGUACUCUGAAGGAGGAUUAUUCUGGGGCAGACCUGAUAGAUAUCAGUGCCUACAGUGCAGUGGGUGAGGAUUCUGGGGGGAGUCAACUGGAUGAAGAUGAGGAUGAUGAAGAUGAGGUUUACGAGCCAGAGUCUAGCUGUUCUGAGAUCCCAGGACUGCCUGCUGAGGAGGAUCCACCGCCCAGCCGCAAAAUCCGUUUCAGCUCUGGACCCAUUAAGGUGUUUACCACCUACUCUAAUGAGGACUAUGACCGGAGGAAUGAUGAAGUGGAUCCCAUGGCAGCCUCUGCAGAGUAUGAGCUGGAGAAACGAGUGGAGAGACUUGACCUGUUCCCUGUGGAGCUGGAGAAAGACAGCGAGGGCCUUGGUAUCAGUAUCAUUGGGAUGGGAGCGGGAGCAGACAUGGGACUGGAGAAGCUGGGCAUAUUUGUCAAGACUGUCACUGAAGGAGGGGCUGCACACAGGGAUGGGAGGAUCCAAGUGAAUGAUCUAAUAGUGGAGGUGGAUGGGACAAGUUUGGUUGGCGUGACUCAGAGUUUUGCUGCGUCUGUUCUGAGAAACACCUCUGGCACUGUGAGGUUUACUAUUGGCCGAGAGAAGCCGGGCGAGCAGAGUGAGGUAGCCCAGCUCAUCCAGCAGACCCUGGAGCAGGAGCGCUGGCAACGAGAAAUGAUGGAGCAACGCUAUGGGAACUACAUGGGAGAUGAGGACGAGCCUGGUGACUAUGGCAGUGAUGAAGAUGAGGAAGAAGAGGAGGAGAUGAGCCCUAUGUAUCCCAGUGCCAUAGAGGUGUUUGACCUGGCUGAGAAUGAGGAUAUGCUAUCGCCCAUGGAGAUGGACCCAGAGAAACUCAUGCACAAGUACAAAGAGCUCCAGAUUAAGCAUGCUGUGACCCAGGCUGAGAUCCAGCAGCUGAAGAGAAAGCUGAAUCAUGCAGAACAGGAGAAGCAACGUUGGCGUGGGGAGAAGGCUCAGCUGGAGCGUAGUCUGCAGGAGAACAGGGAGCGUAUGGAGAAGCUGGAGGGCUACUGGAUGGAGGCCCAGAGCCUGUGUCAAGCUGUGGACGAGCACCUGAAAGAGACCCAGGCUCAGUACCAGGCUCUGGAGCGCAAGUACAGCAAGGCAAAGCGUCUCAUCAAAGAGUACCAGCAGAAGGAGAUUGAGUUUCUGAAGAAGGAAACAGCUCAGCGGAGGACACUGGAGGAGACAGAAGCCUCACAUAAGGAGGAGGCAGAUCAGCUCCAGGACAAGGUGUCUGACCUGGAGUCUCGCGUGGAAGAGCUAAAGACUUCUGACCAUUCAUAAAGAUGGCCCCCGUUU